AUGUCAUUCUCUCCCUGGGACUUGCCAAUACCAUAUGUUUCAAACCACUCCAAUCUUCAAUGCUGUCUUGACUGCAUUACUCCCUCUGUUCCCACCCGAAUCCUUACUAGUAAGAAAUGUGUUCAAACUUCCAAUGCCUUCUUGCAAUUCCAUGAGAGGGAUAUAGUUGAAGGGUUCGCUUUAAGUGACCUUUGGCACUCUUAUAAUGAGUGGAGUGCCUAUGGCGUUGGUGUCCCAAUUGUGUUGAACAAUGGCGACCGUGUAGUGCAGUACUAUUCACCUUCCUUAUCAGCUUUGCAAAUAUACACUAGCAAACCGUUUCCCUCAUCCAAGUCUCUAUUCGAUCAAACUGAUGAGAAAUUUGGGGAGUUGGAGAAGGAAGCAAAGCUUGAAAAAGAGUCUGCUCAUAAUGAUAACAUGCCUUCAAGCAAUAGCUCAUGCUUGAGUCUGGAUAUUACUUGGGACGAUUCUACAACAUUUCAAUUUAGUUCAGGUCAAACAACAAAUCAGUGUCACUACUUAUAUUGCCAAUACAACGAGACAUGCAGUCCUUAUUUUAGAGUUCCAUUUAAAGAAAAGGUGCACGUAUUUUAA